AUGUGCGGCGACACGGUGCCGCACGUCGUGGAGGACUUCUUCGGCGACGUCCGGCUCCUCGGCGAAGGCUCCGUCGUCCACGGCGGCGAGGCCGUCCUCAUGCCGGCACAGCCAUUCCCGGACGUCCCCGGCGUUCAAUGGAAGGACGUCGUCUACGACGCCACGCGCGGCCUCAAGGACUUCUUCGGCGUCGUCCAGCUCCUCAACAACGGCUCUAUCGAACGCGGUGACGAAUCUGUCCUCAUGCCAGCUAGGCCAUUCCUAGACGUCUCAGGAGUUCAGUGGAAGGACGUCGUGUACUACGUGACAUGUGGCCUCAUGAAACUUUUGUGGCUCGCGGACUCGGUCGACUUUGCCCGGACGUUCAUGUCCGGCGUGUCGGCCGGAGCCAACCUGGCUCACCACGUCGUCGUUCAGCUCGCCUUGGGUGAAGGCCACCCGCUGGCGAACCUGUUCGACCUGGACAGCCCGAGCCUAGAGCAGUUGUUGUUACCGCCGAAGCUCGUUGUGGCGCUUAGGCGCGUCGUGCUGUGCGGCCACGUGCUGCAAUGCGUGGCAAAGCUGAAGGAACCUUGUACUUGUGCCGCAAAGGCCAGCACUAACCAGGCCACCACCCACCCACCUCGCCGGCCGGCGCCCGGCGCCAACGCCUAG